GGCGCCUGCACCCCGGGACCAGCUCCCGUUCUGGGGGAGACUGAUGCGGGCCGCUCCGAGACUGCGGGCGCUCCAGCGACACCUGGGCUCCUCGGAGGGCAGAGGCAUGGAGCCGACCAGCAGCCCGCUGACCACACACGUGCUGGACACUGCCUCGGGGCUUCCGGCCCAGGGCCUCUGCCUCUGUCUGUCUAGGUUUGAGGACCAUGUCCGGCAGUGGACAGAGCUGAGGAAAAGCUACACCGACUCGGACGGCCGCUGCCCAGGGCUCCUGCCACCAGGCCCGAUGAAGGCAGGCACCUACAAGCUGUCCUUUGACACCGAGGGCUACUGGAAGAAGAGGGGGCAGGAGAGCUUCUACCCAUACGUGGAGGUUGUUUUCACCAUCACUGACGAGACCCACCGGUUCCACGUGCCCCUGCUGCUGAGCCCAUGGUCCUACACCACGUAUCGAGGGAGCUAGUGGCCGGGCCAUCACCUCUGGCCAGCUGCGGGCCUAAGCACUCAGCGCCUGCAGCUUCCGCUCCAGAACCAGGUUCUUGAAACCCACCUUCUGCUGCACCUCCAGGAUGGCCGCAGUAAACUUCCUGUACAGCUCGUCCCGCUCCUGCUGCACCUGCAAGGGACAGGCUGUGGGGGACAAAGAGGCCACCUGCCCUGGGGGCAUCUCGCUGGGGAGAAGCCGCCUCCCACCUCUGCCCCUGGACCAGAACAUACCUCUUCUGCAGAGUGAACCCCUUGCACCUGGGUCCCCCCACGGGUGGGUGGGUCUGUGUGCUGUCUACACUGCCUGCACGCCCACUCUCUGUGAUGGAAUUAAAGGCAUGCAGCCGUCUACACUGUGGAAGGCAGGAGGAAACACUAGCUGGACCCACCUCUACUAAGCUGUUUCAGGAAGCAACAGGGUACCCCGCUUAGAGCUGGAGAGGCACCACAGAGGGGCUGGGGCCCAGGGUUUGGGCAGGACGAUCAGGAAAGACACAUCCCUGAUCACCCCUACGUGGGAUCAAAG